AUGGAUUAAUAGUGUAGAUUAGGGGUCCCAAUCGACAUAUUAAGUGAUAUUUCUAAAGAAUCAUUUUAAAAGUAUUUCACUAUUAAUAUUCAGAAUUAAUUUUAGAAGUAUUACUGAUGAAUUCACUUAGGACGUUGACAUAAAUAAUGGAUUAGUUUUAAAAGAAUCAACUCUAGCUUAAUUUAAUUAAACCAUGCUCAAAGAUAUUAAUUGCUCUUAUUUAUAAGAUGAAGUAUUGAGCUUAAUAUACCCUACGUAACAUUAAGAUAAAUUUUAGUAAAUUCAAUAAUCAAAGCUUAUUAAUGGUGGUAAAUAUCUCAAAUGAUGGAAUUUAUGAAAAAAUCAAUAAUUAAAAAGAAUUACUUAGAGGUGAAUAAUAUUGGCUUGGUCUACCUGCAGGCACUAAUAAAUAAUUAAUUGAAAUAUAAUAAGAUGAAAUAAUUAUAAAUUCAUAAUCCUUUGCCAUAAAAGAAGGCAUGCAAAUUGUUUUUGUUAAAAAGAAUUCAGAUAAUAAAUUUGAUUAAAUAUAAAUGGCAAAUCCAAGUGAUUGCUCAUCUCGUAAGCAUGCACAAAUUAAAGUUCAAAAUGGAAGAGUAUUUUUGCAUGAUGGGUUUGAAAAAUAGGUUUCAAAGAAUGGAGUGUGGGUUUUGGUUAAACAUCAAAGAUUUUCAAAUCAGAAACAAUAUUGCUUUAAGGAUUUUAGAUUAGCUAUCAGAUUAAAAUAUUGA